AUGGACGCUCCGGAAGACGUGGACGAUUUGUCGGAGCACUCUCCCGACGAGGAUGAGCUCUUUCGCUCGGGCCAGCGGUUCGAUUGGGCGGAGGAUGUCGAGGAGGCGAUCGUGACGCGCAGCCUGGACGACGACGGCUGCCUGAGCCAGACCCUGCUGCAGAACACUGCUCCGAAAACGCCGCCGUUGAAUCUGGCCUCGGGGCUCGCCGCUGCGAGGAGGGGGCGGCGGGGGGCGAGGGGAUCUGGCAGGAAGGGGGGGCAUGGGGAGGAUGGGGAGAAGAAGGGGAAGGGGGGGAAAUCGGCGAAGGGAGGCAGGGGGGAUAGGAGGGCGCCGGGGGGGAAAGCGGGCCAGGGGGAGGGCACCAGGCCGCCGCUGUCGGGCCGAAGCCAGUCGAGAGGCACCCCGAGGUCCGCCCGCGGCCAGCAGCAGCCCCGCCGGUGCAGCAGCGCGAACGACUUCCGCCUGUGGCCGGGCGCGCAGGUCGCCAGCCCGCGAUGCGACAGCGCGCGGGGCGGCAGCCGGAACGGCGGCAGCACGAGCGCCCGCGGCCAGUCGAAGCCUUCUGGCGGAAGCAUGAGCGCCAGGGGCCCGCCCAGGAGCCCCAGCGGGAGCCUCAGCGCUCGAGGAUGCCAGAGCGCCCGCGGCAGCGGCGGCCAGGGCGCGGGGAGAUCCCGAGCCGAUCGAUC